AACUUUAUUAAUAGCAUUUUGAUAUACUAAAGUUACUGUCUUGUUGUGACAGGAAAAUGACUAUGGAUAGUCAAGUGCAUGAUGUUCCAACGACUGUGGCAGCAACUAGUGUUGCCACAACGAGUCGUACAAAUGCUCUGCCGGCAAUGGCACCAGCGGAGAAACCCAAAAAGUUCGUGGGUAUUGACUUCAAAAGGUGGCAACAGAAAAAUAUUUUUUUACCUUACAACUCUUUGUCUUCAAAGGUUCACAAUUGAGGAAGCUCCAAAGGUGCCCAAGGGAACCUCAGAACAAGUGCGAUUUGUGAUUGUAGAGGCUUGAAAACACUCUGGUUUCUUUUGCAAGAACUACAUCUUGAGUGGUCUCUAACAUGAUCUCUACAAUGUGUAUAGUGGAACAAAGACAACAAAAGAGUUGUGGUGAGCGCUGGAACGAAAGUACAAGACAGAGGAUACAGGAACUAAAAAGUUCUUCAUUGAAAGAUUCUUAGAAUAUAAAAUGAUAGAAAAUAAGUUGGUUGUCUCCCAAGAGCAGGAACUGCAAGUGAUCAUCCAUGAUCUUCUUACGGAAGGUUUGAUCGUGAAUGAAAUGUUUUAUGUAGCAGCAAUAAUAAAGAAGCUACCACCCAUAUGGCAAGACUUCAAGAACUAUUUGAAACACAAAUGUAAGGAGAUGUCUGUCGAAGAUAUAAUCAUUAAAUUGAGCAUUGAAGAAGAAAAUAAGGCUGCAGAAAGAAGGUCGAGAGGAAAUUCUACAAUGAAUAGAGCAAAUAUUGUAGAAAACGACCACAACUCCAAAAAGCGCAAGAAAGCUGGACAGAAAAGCAAUCAAUCCAAGAAUAAAUUCAAGAGAAAGUGCUUUAACUGUGAUAAGAUUAGCCAUAAGUCUACAGAUUGUCGUGCCUCAAAGAAAGGCAAGAAAAAAGACCAAGCAAAUCUGGCUGAGUCUAAGAAAGAAGUGGACAAUCUGUGUGCUAUGCUGUUUGAAUGCAACCGGGUAGAAAAUCCUCACAAAUGGUGGAUGGAUUCCGGUGCCACCCACAACGUUUGCACUAAUAAGGAGUUAUUUGCUGAUUUUACUCCAAUUAUUUGCUGAUUUUGCUCCGGCUCAAAGGGAUCUGCUAUUGCAAAAGUAGAAGGAACAGGAAAAGUAUGCUUGAAGAAGACUUCAGGCAAAGUGUUGACACUCAACAAUGUCCUGUA